UGAUUUUGCAUUUCCAGGGCGAGAUCUGUAUGUAAACAAUACAGAUCUCUCUUCUGUCAUCUCUUGCACAUUGCUUUGUAUGGCUCUGCAUAGCAGAGCCUAACAAAGCAGUGUGCAUACAGUGAAACACACACACAGCCCCCAUAGUAAAACAGCACACAGCACACAGUUAACCCUUUGAUUGUCCCAAAUGUUAACCUCUUCCUGCCCAGAGCCAUUAGUACAAUGUCAGUGCUUUUUAUUAGCACUGAUCACUGUAUUGGUGUCACUGGGGAUGUCAGUGACACCAAGUCAGUUCCCCCCAGAGUCAGAAUGCCCA